AUGGAGACUACUAAAAAAGAGAAUCCAGAAGCUCGUAGAUGGUUAGACAAAAUACCUUCACAUCAGUGGGCUCUUGCUCAUGACGAUGGUCGGAGAUACGAAAUCAUGACAAUAAUGAGAGAUCAUUUUUUUGAGAGCUUUUGGUCUCUUGGUCUGCCAGUGACAGCGGCGGUGCUGCUUCUGUUUGAUGAGCUGGGAUUACAGUCUCGUCAGGGUAUUUGUGAUAGCCGUGGUAGGCUUAACUGCGGAGAAAUGUACACUAAACCUGUCAUGGACAAGUUUGAAGAGUUCAGGACAGGUUCCGUUACUUACAUUAUCAUGCCAUUAGACGAUAAUGCGUUUCAAGUCACACAGCCGUUGCAAAAGAAUGGAUGGAUUGUUCAGUUGAAGGACUCAAGCUGUACUUGCGGGGGGUUUCAAUUUGUAGAUGACUGUUACUCUGUUGAAGAGUUAAACAGAACUUACGCCGCUACUUUCAAUUCUAUUCCGGAAAUAUCAGCUUGGCAAGAAACUUCCGGAGUUCCAACAAUGUUCCCUCCGGUCAUUCCGCCACUACGGCCUCCAACUAACGUUUCAGGCAAGUAUAAACAGAAAACUACUCCUCGCACUAUUUUAAAGAAGAAGAGCUCAAUAUUUCUCUAG